AUGGCAGACGUGCAGUACUCUACGGGCUCAAGCUGCCCACCCCCAAGGCAGGUCCGGGGGACGCGACUCGAUACUAUACCAGAGGACUCGCGUGAGACACAAUAUUCGGAACAAAACGAGGGGCUUGCACUCAAUACUGCAAAAUCAGUAACAAUUCCCCGGUUGAAGCUGAAAACUAGCGGUCUCUCACUGGGAUUCAUGAGGCCUAAUAAAUUCUUCUCGCCGAUAUCUGCCGGCACAAUGUCAUCCUGCUCGGACACCGAGUGGCAGCAGCAGAUGAAGCCAUUUGAAGACCUCUACGAUGCCACAGAUGAGGAAUCGGUCACGAGUGACGACUGUACCUCAUUUGCCAGCACCCGACCGACAAGUUUGACGACUCCGACGACGCGAAAUUCCAUGCUGUCUCCAAUCUCUCGUAAACGCUAUCCAAGCUUGACAAUCCCGUCUUCAACAGCGUGGCCGUCAUUACAGGGUGCGUGUAAGAGCUCCCCGGUUCCCCCGACACCACCCUCCAAGAUACCAGUUUCCCCAGCAGCUCUGUCAUUGCUCGCGCGUUCUGUUCCUGCCGUUCAUGCCCCACCCUCUUUGGAUGGAAGUUUAUCCUCGGAUCAAAUAUCAAAUCUGAGCGCGCCGGCUACUCCAGACCUACAGUCACUCCCUGAUCAUGACUGGCCCGCGCCAGAUAUUCAUGUUCGGCAAGAUUUGGAGGAUGUAGAAGACGUCGGCAUCCCCGCGCUCGAUGCAGACCCGGAUGUACAAAGCAUCGAGAUUGCCUACGAUGGUGCGAGCGAGGACUUGGCCCAGGUUCUAGGAAGAUUUCCUCGCAUCCCGGGUCAAGUGACGCCGCCUGCCUUCGACGCGGAACCCAAUUUGGUCCGGGGAGAUACGCCAUCGGACACAGGAGUACAUCUCUCAGAAGAUGCUCUUGAGACUUUAAGACACUUGUCUCUGAACAGGGUUUCAGAUCCUUGGUCUGAAGCCUCUGACAGCAACGACGAGAUGUGGCAAGUCGAGACACCACCCCAACGCCCACGUAGCGCCGAAGGUGCAACUCCUGCGUCCGAACUCUCUGGCUAUAGCUUCAGCAGGCUAAGUAUUCCAUCUCCGGGUGGCUUCUUUGCUUCGUUGGCCCCGCGCGCCCGUCAUACCUGGGCAAUUCCGACUGGAAACAAGCCGCCCAAUUCCGCCACUGCUGAAAGGUUCUACAAGCUACCCUUUUCCCGCGCAGAGGGAGAGAUUGUCGAGCAUAUCAUCGAUUAUCCAGAAAGAUCCAUGGACGAGGAGCUGACAGCUUUGUACGAUCCAAGCGGACCACCAACUGCCAUAAGAAUCCCCGCGGAGAAUAUCGCUGAGCCUCUGGAGCCCUUGAAGAGCCCCGUGAGCACAGCUGUGGACAAGGUGGAUUACGCUCCAAUUCCCCCAGCAGUGUUAGAUCAAGUUGAGCGAGACGAGGACUAUGAGGCCGAGCUUAGGAAGAAGGCAAUGUCAGGACUGGAUAGGACCAGUGUUUGGUUGGCUGCUCAGGCUUCUUACCUAGCAGCAUUGAAUGAGACAAACCCCGCCAACACCAUUGACACGGAAAGUGCCAGCGAGGUUGAAGCUCCUCAGAAGACCAACCAGCAAACUCCAAGCACGCUUGUGCGCAAGAAGUCGGUCAAAUUCACUGGUGUUCUUCCAGCUGCCCCAAGCGCACAACCUUCUACUUCUGCAAGCAAAGAUUCAAUAUACUGGAGAGGGUUCCAAGCUCUGCGCGAUCAAUCGAGCAUCAGGGAUACUCAUGUACAUCAGCAUGCUCGCUUCGAUGCCAUACAAUCUGUUCGUGUCGGCUUGAGUAACUUGCACAUCGACUGCUUGGUGGGGAAGUACGAGUUGAUUCCGACACAACGUCCUGCAUACAAGGGGCCCUUCUCAAUGGCGCCUCGCAAUUCAACGCUCGACUCGGCUCGUGUGCAAAAGGCUCAGUUCUCCAUAGUUGAGAAAGAGCAGCUCGUGCUGGCGCAGAUUCGUCAGGCCAUGUGGGCGAUGGAUGCACUAAGGUUUCUCAAUGGCGGUCGCAUGCUUAUCAGCCCUGCCACGAAGAAGCUUCGUGGCUCUAACCGAUCGCCGAACUCAACGACAAAGGCAGGCCAAAGCAGUUUCCGCGUCUUGGAUCUUGGAGGGCACGCAUCCUGCGAGUGGGCAUGGCAAUUCGCUUAUGACUAUCCCGAUGCUAAAGUCACAACGGUUCUAAUCAAAGGUCAAGAGAUCAAUCUUGGCAUCAAAGGACCUUCCAAUGCCCGACAAGUCUUUGUUUCACAACCGUGGAAGCUCCCUUUUCCAGACAACAAGUUCGACGUAAUUUCAGCUCGAUCUCUCCCAGCUUUGCUGAGAAACGAAUAUCCAAUCGGCGAACUUGUCGACGAGUAUGAUCUGUGCCUGAAAGAAUGUCGUCGCUGUCUUAAGCCUGGUGGCUUUCUGGAAUUCUUCAUUCUAGAUGCUGAGAUCUCACGCGCAGGUCCUCAGGGAUCGGCUAUAUCAACAAGUUUCGCAGCCAAUCUCAAGGCCCAAGGCUAUGAUCCAAUGCCCACCAAAAGCUUCCUUGGGCGCUUGCAAAAAAACUUUACAGACAUCAAGCGUGCAUGGACGUUCCUACCCAUGGGAAUUGAGCCCACCAAAACCGAACCACCGAGGGAAACACCCGACCCGAGAGUCAAGAGCCUUGCGGGAGAUUGCGAAGCGAUACAAGGACCCGUUGGUAGUACUGCCGACAUCGCUAGCAUAACCGGGGUGCUAGGUGGAUGGCAUUGGGAGCAGUGGUAUGUCAAGCUGCAGCAGGAGAUUGGAGUCGAUCGGGAGAAUAUGCUUGCAAGAGUAGGCGCUGUGUUCGACGAGGGCCUGCUUUCCUCCUAUAUGAACUUGUUCUACUCAACCGCAAUCAUGCUCUUCUUCAGGUAUGUAACGCACCCUUCGCGACGGCGCCACCACCACCACCCCCACUCACCCCCUGCCGGUUCUUUAUUUCAAGAUGCAACCACUAAACUUGAGAACCCAUACCCUAGUUUCUUCAAAACCCUCACCAACCAGACCGUCACCAUCGAGUUGAAGAACGACAUCCGCAUCCGCGGCACCCUCAAGUCCGUCGACCAAUACCUGAACAUCAAGCUCGACAACGUUGACGUCCUCGACCUGGACAAAUACCCGCACCUGUCGUCCGUCAAGAACAUGUUUAUCCGUGGUAGUGUGAAAGCCGACGGCCCUCCCAAAGCCACCUCCACUCAGCCUCGGAUCACCCAGUUUGCCACCAAGACUGCACGACCGUCUGCCGGCAAUGGCGUCCGCAAAAACAGCAGCAGCAGCCAAAAAACACCGACUUUGCGCCGACAAGGGAGCUCCACCGCCAGCAAUGGCGCAGGAGAUCUGUUUCUGGAGGACAAGAAAAGGAAUGUGUCGGCUGGCUACGCAGCUCCGGAGCCGGAGCGGGCAGUACGAUCAAAAACGCCGGACGAUAUUUGGGAAGGUGAGCUGGAAGACACACCAGCGCCCGCCCUGGAUGCCGAACGCCUCAACGAGAAUGAGUUGGCCGUGUCCAAGAAACGCAAGCUAGAGGCACCGACCGCCGGCGAUGGUACCUCACCACAGGCGAAGUCGUCGUCUGGAUCCGACGCUGCACCAGCGGCUUUCGCGAAGAAAACUCGCCUUCUUAGUGGGCCUUUUAUCGAUGAAUCCGAUAGCGAGGAGGAGGAAGAUCUGGAGAGGUUUCGCGCCGCGGAAAAGGAAUCAGCUAUUGCUCCUGAUCACCCGAUCGGCGCCCCCGCUUUCGCCAGCUCCGCAGAGUCGCCCGUCGGUGCUGAGGAAGCAAGCCGAAAUGGUCAAAAACCGACGACGCCAGCUGUCGACACGUCACCAUCCUUGGUAAGAAAUGCUACGAAUUACACCGAACCUGAUGAAUAUACGAAUUUUGACGAUCUGGAAGACGAGUUCCGAGGGGAAGAGAAUUUCUUAGAUGCCUUUGAUGAUGACGAUGUUGACGAUGACCACGAUAAUCAAGAGAAGGAGGUAAUUAUCGGAUUGGGGGGCCUUACCGAUGGCUUCGAAGGCGAAGAAAACUCGUUUGGCUGCGAAGUGCCUGUUUGUCCGAUUUGCCAGACUAGCUUGACUGGUCUGAAUGAAGCUGACGUCUCGAUACACGUCAAUGAUUGCUUAGACGGCAAGCCUGGUAUGAUGCAAACCGAGCCUGAACCUAAAGUCAAGUCCGAGCCUACAAUAAAGUCCGAGCCUGAAGCCCAGUCCGAUCCUGAGAUCAAACCCGAUCCUGAACCUCCAUCAAAAGCACCAACUCGUAUGGAUCGAGCAGCAAUCGCCCGCCCAGCACAGCGUGAUCCAUACGCUCCCGGCCAUGCUGGGACUCGGUCGGCCUUCUCCAAGCUCAUGGCUGGUAAUGCGGAGGAUACUGCGUGGGCAGCAGCAGCGGCCAAUGAAGUGGCAUCCAGAGGCAAACAGGCGUACCAACGGACUUGCCCGUUCUACAAAAUUAUGCCCGGCUUCUCAAUAUGCGUGGAUGCGUUCCGUUACGGUGCCGUUGAAGGUUGCAAUGCUUACUUCUUGAGUCACUUUCAUAGUGAUCACUAUAUCGGCCUCACAGGCUCAUGGCGACAUGGUCCUAUAUACUGUAGCCUUGAUCGUAGAUGGUUAGUGCCACUCGACUUUGAGAAGAAAACCGAAAUCCCUGGCACGGGCGGAGCAUAUGUGACGAUCAUCGAGGCAAACCAUUGCCCCGGAAGUGCCAUCUUUCUGUUCGAAAAGACCAUGGGAUCUGGCCCAUCCCAACGAACGCAACGAGUGCUCCAUUGCGGCGACUUUCGCGCCUCUCCGCUCCAUGUGCAGCACGAACUCUUGCGCCCGGAUGUUGUCGAUCCCCUUACUGGUCAGCAUCGCCAGCAACGCAUAGAUGCUUGCUACCUGGACACCACGUAUCUGAGUCCCAAGUAUGCCUUUCCAAGCCAGGAAGACGUGAUACAGGCUUGUGCCCAACUGUGCGUGGAAUUGAAUGAGGGCCAGCAGAAAAGUAGCGGGCUCGCUUUCGGCUCAACAGGCAGUUCCUCUGGCAUUGGGGGCGGGUUGAUGAGCAAGUUCGUUUCCAAAGUCACAGGCUCUUCGGCGCAAGAGUCAGCAUCGACUUCAAGUGGUCGAUUGCUGGUGGUCAUAGGGACAUAUAGCAUUGGUAAGGAGCGCAUCUGCCUGGGAAUCGCGCGGGCUCUGAAGAGCAAGAUUUUUGCCACCCCGGCCAAACAGCGAAUUUGCGCGUGUCUCGAGGAUCCGGAGCUGUCAUCGCUGUUGACGGACGAUCCCCGCGCGGCUCAGGUGCAUAUGCAAACCCUGUUUGAGAUUCGAGCCGAGACGCUGGCCGAUUACUUGGACUCGUUGAAGCCGCAUUUCACGAAAGUGGUGGGGUUUCGACCGACCGGCUGGACGUACCGUCCACCCGCGGGGCGAAUGUUGGACAACCCCCCUGUGUCGACGGUGCUUCACUCGGCCCAUUGGCAGACUCCAUUUUCGGCACGCGACCUCGUGCCACAAAGAGGCAGCACGCGGGAAAGUGCCUGUUUUGGGGUGCCGUACAGCGAGCACAGCUCAUUCCGAGAAUUGACCAUGUUCUGUUGUGCUCUCCGGAUCGGACGGGUCAUCCCGACGGUGAAUGUGGGCAGUCAGAAGAGUCGUGAGCGCAUGAAGGCGUGGGUUGAACGGUGGGAGGCAGAGAAACGGAAGAGUGAGUCGAGUCGGGGAGGGAGAUCGGCUGGAGAGAAGCAGCUACUGCAGUCAAGACCCGGUGGUCAAUCCCGAUUCACCUCCCGGGCUGGAGGCAUAGCCUCGGGGAUUCCUCCUCUUAAAUACAGAGAUCUCCAACCAACCUUUUGCCAACACUACGAUCAACACUUCGCAUUUCUCUUCAUCCGUCGGCCUAUCAUGAUUGCCGACCUGCUUUCGCCGCAGGCCACGCCUUACCUCCUACUGGGGUUGGUGGCCCUCUAUUAUCUCCUGCCCUACGUUCAGCUCUGGCGUCUGCGUGAUAUUCCUUCUCCUGGUUUCGCCGCCUUCUCCAACUUCUGGCUCCUCCUCCAAACUCGUCGCGGCUCCCGUUUCCUCGUUGUCGAUGAAGCCCACAAACGCUAUGGUAAACUCGUUCGCAUCGCUCCCCGCCACGUCUCCAUCGCCGAUGACAACGCAAUCCAGGCGGUCUACGGUCACGGAAAUGGUUUCCUGAAGGCAGAUUUCUACGAUGCAUUCGUUUCCAUCCGUCGUGGUCUGUUCAACACUCGCGAUCGUGCGGAACACACCCGCAAGCGCAAGACGGUGUCGCACACUUUCAGUAUGAAGUCGAUCGGCCAGUUCGAGCAGUACAUCCAUGGCAACAUCGAGCUUUUCGUUCAGAAAUGGACGACCAUGGCUAACACGCAGCGCAACCCCCGCACCGGCUUCGCGAGUCUCGAUGCACUGAACUGGUUCAACUAUCUGGCUUUUGACAUCAUUGGAGAUCUUGCUUUUGGCGCUCCUUUUGGUAUGCUUGAGAAGGGCAAAGAUAUCGCGGAGAUGCGCAAGACCCCGGAUGCCCCUCCCUCGUAUGUCCAGGCUGUUGAGGUUCUCAACCGCCGUGGUGAAGUUUCCGCCACCCUUGGCUGUUACCCCGCGCUGAAGCCGUUUGCCAAGUAUAUUCCGGACCGCUUUUUCCGGGAUGGUAUGGAGGCUAUUGAGAACCUGGCUGGUAUUGCCGUCGCUCGGGUCAACGAGCGUCUGCGUCCCGAGGUUAUGGCCAACAAUACCCGUGUGGAUCUUCUCGCUCGUCUGAUGGAAGGAAAGGACCAGAAUGGUAACAAGCUUGGUCGUGAGGAAUUGACUGCCGAGGCUUUGACCCAGCUGAUUGCCGGUUCUGACACCACCUCUAACACCUCCUGCGCUAUCCUGUACUGGUGUAUGCGGACUCCUGGUGUGAUCGAGAAGCUUCACAAGGUCUUGGACGAGGCUAUUCCCAAGGAUAUUGAAGUGCCCACUUAUGCUAUGGUUAAGGAGAUUCCUUACCUCCAAUGGGUCAUCUGGGAAACCAUGCGGAUCCACAGCACCUCAGCCAUGGGUCUUCCCCGUGAGAUCCCCGCUGAAAACCCUCCUGUCACUAUCUCUGGCCACACCUUUUACCCGGGUGACGUCGUCUCUGUGCCCACCUACACCAUCCACCACUCCAAGGAGAUCUGGGGCCCUGACGCCGACGACUUUGUUCCUGAGCGCUGGGACCCUGCCCGUCUGACCAACCGCCAGAAGGCCGCCUUUAUUCCUUUCAGUACUGGUCCCCGUGCCUGCGUUGGUCGCAAUGUUGCUGAGAUGGAGUUGCUUGUCAUUUGCGGCACCGUGUUCCGGCUAUUCGAGUUCGAGAUGCAGCAGGAAGGCCCCAUGGAGAGUCGUGAGGGCUUUUUGCGCAAGCCGCUUGGGCUGCAGGUUGGCAUGAGGAGACGGCAGAUUGCCGCUUAG